AUGUCGUUUUGUGAUUUGCAAAGCCAAACACGAGUCAUUUUCGAUUGAUUAGAAUUUUGAAGCCAAUUAAUUAAAUCAACCCUCGCUUUGUUCUCAGUUUUGGGGGGAAUUCCUUCUUCAUCUUCUUUAGAGAAAAUUACUGAAAAUUCUGCAGUAGAUUCGAGAGUUUAGAUAGACAUUCAACACAGAAUUUUUAGGUCUCGCCAUGGCUCAAGCCAGCAACAAUGGUGGUGUUGGAGGAGUUGAUAACACUUUUAGAAAGAAAUUUGAUCGCGAAGAGUACUUGGAAAAAGCUCGGGAGCGCGAGAAACAGGAGGUUGAAGGGAAAUCUAAAUCCAAAUCUAAAGGUCCUCCUGUACAAAGAAAGCCAUUGAAGCAUAGAGAUUAUGAAGUGGACCUUGAAUCUCGCUUGGGUAAAACUCAAGUUGUUACCCCUAUUGCGCCUCUCAGCCAACAGGCUGGAUAUUUUUGUUCAGUUUGUGAAUGUGUUGUAAAAGAUUCUGCAAACUACCUGGAUCAUAUCAAUGGAAAGAAGCAUCAAAGAGCUUUAGGUAUGUCCAUGCGGGUAGAACGUGCUUCACUUCAACAGGUCCAAGAUCGAUUUGAAGUUCUGAAGAAGAGGAGAGUCCCUGGGACCUUCUCAGAACAAGAUCUUGAUGAGCGGAUUCUAAAGCAGCAGCAGGAAGAGGAGGAGCGGAAGCGCCAACGUAGAGAAAAGAAAAAAGAGAAAAAGAAAGAGAAGGCAGCAGAAGAGGAGCCUGAAAUGGAUCCUGAUGUUGCAGCUAUGAUGGGAUUUGGGGGUUUUGGUUCAUCCAAAAAGUAAUUUAACUUCAAUCUUUGUAGUCUUUUUGUAUUUUGUUUCUUCCAUUUUGAUCAACAGAGAUGUUCUAUAUAGGUUUAAGUUAAAUUCUAGGCUGAAGAUUUGUACAAAUAUUAUAUUUUUAAUGGAUAUUUGUGGCAUAGUACCUACUUACUUAA